UAUAUAAAUCUCUAUAUAUUUCUACACACUAAUUCUUAAAUAUCUAUCUAUCUAUCUAUCUAUAUAGAUAUAUAUAUAUGUGUAUAUAUAUAUAUGUGUGUGUGUGUUUGUUUUGAGUGAAGAGAGGUAAGACUUGGUGGUGGAGAGGGUCUUGCUUCUUGUGUUCUGUGGAGAUUCUUCUUCUUCUUCUUCGACGCCUCAAGCAGGUAACUUCUCUUCUUCCCUCAAAGAUCUGUGACCAUUCCAUGCUGCACUAAUGAUCACCUACUUUGUUAUGGGAUUACGAGGUUUCUUCAUAUUAGCAGCCAAAAUAUGGAGUUUCAUAUGUUACAUAUUCAGAAGACAGAUACGUUCGAUAAUCCAGAACCAGACAGUGAAGUAUGAAAUAAUCCCACUCUCUCCAUUAUCCAAGCAUAGAUUAAGUAUGCUGAAACGAAAGACCUUAGUAUUGGAUCUUGAUGAAACUUUAAUCCACUCCCACCAUGAUGGAGUUUUACGUCAAACAGUGAAACCAGGGACUCCACCAGACUUUGUAUUAAAGGUUAUCAUAGAUCGACAUCCUGUUCGUUUCUUUGUGUAUAAGCGACCUCAUGUUGACUACUUCUUAGAAAUAGUUAGUCAUUGGUACGACUUAGUUGUCUUCACUGCUAGUAUGGAGAUCUACGGUGCCGCAGUAGCAGACAAAUUAGACAACAAUCGAGGAAUUCUAAAGAAAAGGUAUUACAGACAGCAUUGCAGUUUUGAUUUUGGCAGUUACACCAAAGACUUAGCAGCUAUCAGUAGUGACCUGUCCAGUAUAUUUAUCUUGGAUAACUCUCCAGUAGCAUAUAAAUCUUACCCAGAUAAUGCAAUCCCCAUUGACUCGUGGUUUUGCGACGCCCGUGACACAGCUCUCCUGUGUCUCUUACCCAUGUUGGACGCCCUCCGCUUUACCAACGAUGUGCGUUCGGUCCUCAGUCGUAACCUCCAUCUUCAACGCCCAUAACAUCCAACGGGCAAUUUGUUAGUUGAUACAACACCAUCACCUGUUCACUUUGCUUCCUACGGGUUUGCCCGAGGCUGACCCCUCAUUCUCCGGCACCACUCACAGUCUUUGUCAAUGUUGUUUGUCGCUAACAGCGGCCACAGUAGGGUUUUUUACUGUUAUUGCUGCUGUUGUUGUUGUUGUUGUUGUUGUUAUUAGGUGGUGGACAAACGGCUGCAGACUAUUAUUCACUACAAUCAACCACAUUUCAUCAAUCAUGGUGUUUGCCCUACGCUCAGACGUUCAGAACAGCUCGGACAUAACCGACUGUCGGAACGUCUUGCGAAUGUCCACCUAAAAGACAAUAAUAAUAAUAAUAAUAAUAAUAAUGAUGAUGAUGAUGGUAAUAAUCUCAAGACAAACUGUCUCCCUUGUUGAGAAAGACUACCAAAAUAUUUUUCAAGACAAAAAAGAAAACAAAAACAUCCAAACAAAAGGGAGAGAAAAAAAACAACAAAACACAACAAAAAUAACAAACAAACACAAACACAAUUAUUUAAGAAGAUGAAUAUCUAAAAAUGACAAUGAAAAAAAGAAACACCUGUAAAAGAAGACAGGUAAAAAAUAACAAUUUCAUGAGAUAAACAGAGAAUGAAAUCCACUCCAAAGAAGACCCUUUUUUUUUUACUAUCAAUUUGCUGUUUAUCUCUGCAGAUUGCAACCCAGCCCCUUUUUCCUUUCGUUGUCACUAGAGAGUUCCACUUGCCCUCCUCCCAAAUCCCCCCCUCCUGCAGACUUUUCACCCCCCCGCCCCCGAACUCUUCAAGUCAUAUUGACAUCUGUACAUAGUUCCAUGGCAAAUAAUAAUAAUAAUAAUGUUGUUUCACUGAACUGAAGUGAAAUGGUUUUUCUACAACAUCCGGCUGUUCCUUGUGGUCGUGUGCCGUGAAAAAGAAAUCAGAGACAAUGUAAAACGACCACCACCCCUCUUUAAUAAAAAAAAAAAGAAAAUCACAAUCAUUGCAGUGGGGG